AUGAAGGUCUUUAGGGCUAAACAGCUUGCACAGAAACAUGUUCACGGAGAUUAUGAAAAGCAAUACAGCCUUCUCAGGGAUUAUGUACUAGAAUUACAAGAGUGCAACCCAGGAACAACUGUGAAGAUUGAUGUAUACAGUGAACCAAAUGCAAACUUGGAAACUAGGAUGUUUAAGAGAAUUUAUGUCUGUUUAGGUGCAUUAAAACUGGGUUUUAAGGCAGGUUUAAGAGAUUUCUUAGGAUUCGAUGGGGCUUUCAUGAAGGGACCUUACCCUGGACAGGUUCUCACUGCUGUGGGUCUUGAUUCCAAUAAUGGGAUCUACCCACUAGCAUAUGCCAUAGUUGAAGCCGAGAACAAAAGCUCAUGGAGUUGGUUUCUAGAGUGUCUAGGUGAAGAUUUGGAGCUGUCUACAAAUUCAAACUUCACAUUUAUUUCUGACAGGCAAAAGGGGAUUUUACCUGCCAUUGCCAACCUAUUCCCUAGCGCUGAACACAGGUUUUGUUUAAGACAUAUUCACGAAAACAUGAAGCUACAAUGGAGGGGGAAGGAGCACAAAGAUCAUUUAUGGGAAUGUGCAUCAGCAACAACAGUUAGACACUUUGACAGAUUCAUGGAAGAUUUUAACAAGUUCAAUUCAAAGGCAUGUGAUUGGUUAAAGAAAAUUCCACCCAAACAUUGGGCCAGAGCACAUAUGUCAGGAAGAGCACAUACAUAUAUUUUGUUGAAUAAUUUAUGUGAAGUUUUCAACUCAAAGUUGUUAGAUGCUCGAGACAAACCUAUAAUUACAUGUUUAGAAUAUAUUAGGGAAUACUUAAUGAAACGAAUUUGUAUUGUGCAAAAUGUGAUAGAUAAGUCUCAAGGGCCUCUUACCCCAACAACCACAAAACUUUUAGAUGGAGUUAAGAAAGAUGCUUCUCAAUACACUUGCAUAUUUAAUGGUGCUGAGAAGACUCAAGUUACUGGGACAAUGGGGGAACAAUUUGUGGUUAAUUGGAGGGACAGGAACUGUAGUUGCAGGCAUACAGAGAUCACUGGGAUACCAUGCUCUCAUCUUGUUAGUGCCAUUUGGGAUAAGGUUGAGCAUGGGGCAAAAAAUGUCCCACCUCUUGAGGAGUGGGUACAUCCAUGUUAUAGGUUAAGCACAUGGAAUGAAAUGUACAAGUACAAAGUUCAACCAAUCAAUGGAAGAAGUAUGUGGCCAAAGUCAGAUUGCCCCACAACACUAACACCCCCCAAACAUACUACACAGGUGGGGAGACCAAAAAAGAAGAGAAAGAGAGCUCAAACUGAAGAACCAAAUAAUCAAGGUAAAAGUUUGACCAGGAAGUUCCUUACAGUUACUUGUAGCAAAUGCAAGAACAAGGGUCACAACUCUAGGAGUUGCAAGGGACAAGGGGGAAAAACUGAAGUUAGAAAUGUGGUGGCAGGGGGUAAAAAGCUUAGCAAGGCAAAGAAGCAGGGAGAUGGAAAAAAGGAGAAACCCAAAAUGAAGGAGAAAACCAAACUUAAGGAUAAAUCCAAAAUGAAGGAAAAAGUUUGA